AUGGAAGAAAUGGGCUCCUGCAAUGGUUUGGUACUUGUAGGCCAACCGUAUCGCGAUCAUUACGAGAACUUGUCUAUCUGGAACCAAUCUACUGGAUUGUUCCGCAAGAUUCCUAAUCCAAGUUUCAGGGUGAAGUCAAUGGGAAUGUGUAGAGACUAUAUAAAUUAUGGUUUUGGUCAUGUGUCCGCCAGCGACGACUACAAACUUGUCUUCAUAAUACCUGCCCCCGGUGAUAUGCUGGAAGUCCUUAUCUUCUCUCUGAGUGCCAACAUUUGGAAAGUUAUUAGAGCUCCUUACUCGUCAUGGCCAGGCCGGAUUAGUGGGCAGGGGACUUUUUCAAAUGGAGCAAUUCACUGGGUCAUUCCCCGCGGAAAUGAGACUUUGAACCCAGUUAUAUAUGCUUUUAUUUUGGCAGAGGAGGACUUCCGGCUAGUGCCAUUGCCACCUGUUCUGUGGCAAAUUGAAGAAGGCAGAAAUCAGACAGAGAUAACAACUCUGGUUCAUUUAGGAGGAUACCUUUGCAUAUGGUCUCUGGACCGGAAGGCUGAAUCUUGGGUUAAACUCUUUCAAUUUCAUACACACGAUCUCCGCCAUAUCUUUUCUGGAUACUGCCUAUGGGAUCUGUGUUUCAUUACAGAAAGUGAUACGAUGGUGUUAAUACUGAAUAAGGAGUUGUUAUGGAUUGGAUGCCGUAACGAAGAGAAGCCGGUCUGCAGUGGAAGGUAUAGGCUUGAGAAGGUACAGCCUAAGGUGCAGAGCCUGGCAUUUUAUUUUCGCGCGACCGUAUGUGAUGAAACUCCAGUUUCUAUAGCUGAAUGA